AUCAAAACAACAUGGCGACUGUCAAGUUGAGUUUCAUCCUGAAAGUCUUCCUUGCACAAUGUUUAGCUUUAACAGCUCUCUCCUUGCACGUCCAUGAGUUUGAGGUGAAGCAACAGGGUUUGAAAAAUCUUCUUGAGCCACAGACAGCCAUCAGAAGCAGACGCGACUUAGGAGAUCGAGAUCCGAAAUGCACGUCACAGGAAAAUACCUUCUUGAAUGAAAUCAACUCGGGAAAAGUAAAACUUGAGCAGAAGCAUGCUUUUCAAAACGAGUCGUACUACAGCAUGGCACUGGCGUGGUGCGGAAAUAACGGGGACCUGAUAGUGGUAAUUACACAGGAAAGCUUUGGGACUGUUAAGCCGUCCAAAGUUUACAAAAGCACAGACUUUGGGGCUCAUUUUAAGCCAGUGAUGCUAAACAGACAACCGAGAAUUUACAAACACAAUGGUGUCCAUAGAAACCCUCACAACACAAAGAAGAUCUACUUAGUGGACGCCGGCGACGCUACAGGGUCACGCCUGUUCAUCACAAAAGAUGGAGGUGACAAUUUUUAUGAGUCCCAGCUUCCUUUCCAUCUGACCGGGGAAAUCUUGUUUCACCCAAACAAGGCACAUGAAGAUUAUCUGCUAGCUUCAUCUGCUCUCCUGUCAACAAAGAUUAAAAGUGGUAAUAAGAAUUUGAUGACAUUAUACGCCAGUUUUGAUAAUGGUAGGACCUGGAGGAUGGUCGACACUUAUGUACAGACCUAUAAAUGGGGAAGUAUAGACGACGACCCCAGAACAAUCUAUGCAACAGUUGAUCCUCAGAAGACUCACCCAUUCCUAGCGACCUUUGUAGCUAUACGGUAUAUACUACACCGGUUCUCUGAUGGGACGGCAGGCAGUAAAACUAAAAUCUUAGAGAACGUCGUGUCAUUUGGACAUCAGGAAAAAUUCCUCUAUGCCUCAAUUUAUUCACCACAAGUAAGAGGGAAUAGACUGAUAAAAAUAUCGACCAAUCAAGGCAAAACUUGGCAUACAGCUCAGCUUCCAACCAUCACAGGAGAUAGGUUUUUCUCUGUGCUGGACAUGAAUGAGAAGUUGGUGUUCAUGCAUGUGGAUAACCCAGGAGAUACAGGACACGGGACACUGUAUACAUCUGGAGCCCUGGGAGUGGUUUACUCUGAGUCCCUGCCUAAACACCUGUACCCUAACUAUGGGGAUGUAACGGACUUCUACCGCGUGGAGUCGAUGCGGGGGGUUUACAUCACCAGUCAGAUCAACGAGGAUAACAGCAUCCACAGCAUGAUCAGUUAUAACCGCGGGGCAAUGUGGCAGAAACUGCCCCGCCCUAACAAUGCCCCAUGUAAGGACGAAAAAAAGCCCUGCCACCUUCAGAUACACGGGACGUACAGCAUUCAGAGGGGGGUCAUCGCCAGUCCCCCGCUAAGCUCGAAGGCAGCCCCAGGGAUAGUUCUUGUUCAUGGUCAUGUGGCAGAUGCCCUACAGACCACUCACCCUGAUGUGUACGUCACCAGUGACGGCGGUUACACCUGGGCCAAGGCAUUGACUGGUCCCCACCAGUACCAGAUAGCUGACAGUGGGGGUUUACUGGUGGCCGUCUCAGUAGACAACCCUCAGCCGACGACAAUCAAGUUCUCAGUGGACGAGGGUCAGUGUUGGCACGAGUACAAGUUUGUACAGAACCCUGACGAGGCGAUCGUGAUGACGGGACUGCUGACAGAGCCCGGGAACCAGGCCCUCUCUGUGGGGGUGUGGGGGUAUCACCCAAAGAACAAGACAUGGACGGCAUUCAUCAUCGACUUCUCCAAGGUCAUCAAACGCCAGUGUGGGUCAGAUGACUACAGUAUAUGGGUCCCCCACUCUAAGCUCCGAGUGAAUGAAGAGGCGUACGUAAAGGGGUGUCUGCUGGGGAUGAGGGAAGAAUUCAAAAGGAUCAGGAAGGACAGCUGGUGCCACAAUGGGUAUAAUUAUACAAUAGAGAAGAAAACAAAAAAUUGUGUGUGUACCCGGGAGGAUUAUGAAUGUGAUUAUGGAUACCUGAGAGGUGCGGGCUCAGACAUCUGUCAAAAAGACCGCUCGUUUGUAAAACCAGACAUCGACAUUUGUCUGAGAGGCCAUGAAGAGAAAAUUGUUACUGAAGGAUACAGGAAGAUCCCGGGAGAUGUGUGUGUGGGAGGAUUUUCUCCGUCGGGGCGACAGAUAGACAUGUCUGUACAAUGCUCCGAGGAUUCUAAAGAACUCGUACUGGAGGAAAUUACCUACAAGAAGGAGUCUGGAGGUCACAAUAGCAGUGUGAUAGCGGCGGUGGUGAUCAUCGUCGUGUUGUUAGUCGUCAUCAUGGGCGUCUUCCUGGUCCACAAAUACAUAAUACUCCGGCGACAUCGUGUGGUGUACAGAUAUUCCCUGUUGAAUCAGAACGACGCGGAGCAGUAUGAUAAUGAGUUUGAGACCGCAAUAUCUACCACAUCCGCCACGGUAUACCACGACUCAGAUGACGACGAGGAGCUGAAUUCUCCUGCCGUCAGGAAAGAGAAGAAUAUGUACGGAAGUACGGCAGGGAGCCAGUCCAGUUCAAAUCACACACGGGUUAAAUCGUAUCACGAUGAUUCAGAUGUAGAUAUGUUAGAAUAAAUUCUAGGAGAAAUUGAUUCCACUCCGACAUUCCUUUUACACAACAACUGCUGUUUUGUUUUUUCCUGAUGUUUUUUUUUAACAACUGUAUUUCAUGUGUGGAAUGGUUGUUUCAAAAAAAAAUUCUGAUGGAUUAGAAAAAAAAAAUCUUUAUAAAAGUCUUCUGAAGUAAUGCUUAAAAAUAAUCAGCUGCAUUAGUGAGAAAAGGGAGGACUCUACAUUUAUGAAAAAUACUUCUUGUCUCUCAAUUAUACUGUCUUAUGCCACUCUGUUCGAAGACAUCACAUGAAGAAGGAAAUUUUUAAAAUAAGACUGACGAGUGUUUUCCCUAAGUCUUCACAUAUAUGUCAUACAGGUUUGUUCUCAAUCCUGCUCAAGAAUCGGGAUGGAUAAAGAUGACGCUUUUUUAAAAUCUGUGUUUCGUCGUGUAAAUCUGUACCAGCACGUCUCUAGAGUUAACGUUUACAGAGUAGUGAACAAGAAUGGUUUGUUAUUCUGUGUAUACAAGGUGGAGUGUUUGUAUUCUGUGAAGAAUCGGUGUGACAACAGUUUUGUUAUUCCUUUAUUUUGAUGAGGUUUAUUGGGUGUACAAAGUUUAUACUUUAUUUAUAGUUUAGGUGUUAGUAAGUUAUUUAUAAAUCAUUCUAUUUACAUGUGAUAUGGUUUCUUACUUGUUGUCGUGUAUAUUUCUUUUCUCUUAUUUCGGUGUUAGAGAGAGAGAGAGAGCAUCUAGAUUUUUUAUAAGUCUAUGACAUUACAUGUACAACUAGCAAUCUCCUUGAAUGUAAAGUUUUGGGUAGUAGUUUAGUAUCGAAGAAAUUAUCUUCAGAAUUUUUCAGUUUAAAGUAUACUAUCAUUCAUAAUUGUACAUAAUAAUGAAUUCUAUUUUCUUUUCUUUUUUCAGUAUUUAGACUUAGCAAUAACAAUGUUCCGUUCAUGAAAUGAUUUGAUAUUGACUUUGUGUUUUGUAUGCAGAACUUCACAGUAGGUUAGAGGAUGAAUGAAAUGUUAUACAUUUCUUUGGAUCUCAUUACUGUACAUAUCUCUCUUUCUGAUUUUUCUUAACAUUUUUUCAAUGACUUAUAUUAAUGUUCUUCUUUAAGUAAAUAUCUCCUUUGACCUUAUAUAACAUCCCACUUCUAACAUAAAUUUGACGAACUCCUAAUUUGUAUACUAACCAACUUUGUAUUUUAACCAAGCUUUUUCAUGUUGGGUCACUUGUUCAUCUACUAAGAUUCAAAGCUCAGCAGAUAAAUUUGUAUUGUUUGUUUGUUUGAAUUAUUUGCAUAGCACUGUUGGCAUCUUUUGAUUGACAUAUAAAAAUUCACACAAAAAGGGGAGCAGUUAAGUAGCAAUUUAGCAGUAGAGGCAAUUAUACUAUGCAUAAUGUAGUGGAAAAUAGAAUAAAAGUAAAAUCUCUUUCUGAAAGUGUGAGCUUGUGAUAGGUAUGAGUAUUGUAUAUAUGUUUUGCACAUUUGUUUAUAUUUCUUAAUGAUUUGGAAACAUUUAGAAUUUGUGAUUUACAUUAAUUUGGCAAGUCUUGACACAGUCAACAGUAUACACUGUAUUGAUUUCUUUUAAAUGAAUGAAUUGUACAUCAUUCCAUGUUUUCAUUAUUGCAGUGUUAGCUUUAAUGUGGCACAUUAUGAGAUUUUCAGAAAGUUAUGUUUUGAUAAAAAGAAUUAUGUUAUGAAAGGGAAAAGAGUAGUUAUUUUGUUGUUUGAUGCGUUUCUCUCCUCUACCCCCCCCCCCCCCCUCCCCCUUUUUCCUUUUUUUUUAAUGAAGAUUGUGUAUUUGAGGUCAAUGUGAAAGUGAAAGUUAACGUGAGUGAGUUCAGUACUGAUAUUAAGAAGUGUGUUAGUUGGUAAGGUGCCACUCUACAGAAAUCCAGAGUCUGGUCCGCGGUCCAGUCUAACUUUAAGAUACAGACCAGGCCUUCUGUCUAAUGUUAGAGGUGUAUGUUAACUGAGAUUUCUUGUUUCAUAUGAUCAAGGUCUUCUUGUUAUCUUUUCAAUAAUAAAUAUUUAUUAUUAUGAA